AUUUCGGUUCGGCCGAAAUGACGUGCAUUAAAAAUACAACACUCAACUUGUUAUCUCCACCACUUCCUCUGGAUCUGCCCAACCCACUUUCCAUUCUUAAUCUGAAGGCAAUUGAAUUGGGUCAUCUGAGCUCUGGGAUUUCGAUUUUGAAGAAAAUGAGUCUCUGUGGGAGUGUUUCUGCCUUAAACUUAAACUUCAAAAGCAACAAGAUAAGCAUGGGAAGAGUCUUAGCUUUUAGAAGUGGUGAAUCCAUGGGAAACACCUUGAGAAUUCCAUUAAAAAAGAGGUCAUGUAAGGGUGCUUGUCCUUUGCAGGUAGUUUGCAUAGAUUAUCCAAGGCCAGAGCUUGAGAAUACUGUUAAUUUUCUGGAGGCUGCCUCUCUAUCCGCUUAUUUACGUUCUGCUCCUCGUCCAACUAAGCCAUUGAAAGUCAUAGUUGCGGGUGCAGGUUUGGCUGGUUUGUCAACGGCAAAGUAUCUAGCGGAUGCAGGUCAUAAACCAAUAUUAUUGGAAGCAAGAGAUGUUCUUGGCGGAAAGGUGGCUGCAUGGAAAGAUGAUGAUGGAGAUUGGUAUGAGACAGGCCUACAUAUAUUCUUCGGGGCGUACCCGAAUGUGCAAAACUUGUUUGGAGAACUUGGCAUCAAUGAUCGGCUGCAAUGGAAGGAGCAUUCUAUGAUAUUUGCAAUGCCAAAUAAACCUGGAGAGUUCAGUCGAUUUGAUUUUCCAGAAGUUCUACCUGCACCCUUAAAUGGGAUAUGGGCCAUUUUGAAGAACAAUGAAAUGCUGACUUGGCCAGAGAAAGUGAAAUUUGCAAUAGGACUUCUACCUGCAAUGCUUGGUGGACAACCUUAUGUUGAGGCCCAAGAUGGUUUAUCUGUUAAAGAGUGGAUGAGAAAGCAGGGUGUACCUGAUCGUGUCACUGAAGAGGUGUUUAUUGCCAUGUCAAAGGCUCUGAACUUCAUUAACCCUGACGAACUUUCAAUGCAGUGUAUUCUGAUUGCUUUGAAUCGAUUUCUUCAGGAAAAGCAUGGAUCAAAGAUGGCUUUCUUGGAUGGCAACCCUCCGGAGAGGCUUUGCAUGCCAAUCGUCAAUCAUAUUGAAUCACUGGGUGGUGAAGUUCGGCUUAACUCACGGUUAAAGAAAAUAGAGCUCAAUGCUGAUGGAACUGUGAAAAGUUUUCUUCUAAAUAAUGGCAAUAUAAUUGAAGGAGAUGCUUAUGUAGUUGCAACUCCAGUUGAUAUCUUCAAGUUACUUUUGCCUGAAGACUGGAGAGAAAUUUCAUACUUCAAGAAAUUAGAUAAAUUAGUUGGAGUUCCAGUUAUCAACGUUCACAUCUGGUUUGAUAGGAAAUUGAAGAACACCUAUGAUCAUCUACUGUUCAGCAGAAGUUCGCUUCUAAGUGUUUAUGCUGACAUGUCUGUAACGUGUAAGGAAUAUUACAAUCCGAACCAAUCCAUGUUAGAGUUAGUUUUUGCCCCGGCAGAAGAAUGGAUUGCACAAAGUGAUUCGGAAAUUAUUGAUGCUACAAUGAAGGAGCUUGCAAAGCUCUUCCCUGAUGAAAUAUCUGCAGAUCAGAGUAAAGCAAAAGUUGUAAAGUACCAUAUCGUUAAAACACCAAGAUCAGUAUAUAAAACUGUUCCAAAUUGUGAACCCUGCCGUCCCGUGCAAAGAUCUCCGAUACAGGGGUUCUAUCUAGCAGGUGAUUACACAAAGCAAAAGUAUUUAGCUUCCAUGGAAGGAGCUGUCCUCUCAGGGAAGUUUUGUGCACAGUCUAUUGUACAGGAUUAUGAGUUGCUUCAAACCCUGGGACAAAGAAAGUUGACCGAAGCAAGCAUUCACUGAUGUUCGUUAGAUUGAAGUAAAUAAUUUACGUGUUACAGAGGAUCUUUUGCAAAUCAAUUGUUUAAGGGCUAUAGGUUGGUGGCCUUUUCCAAUUUUAUGUACUGUGUACCCCAUAUAAAUCUGUUACUUGUGCAAAGACUGCAUCAAAAUUGGGUAUAAAACUCUUUCCAUGGAA